UGACUUCUAAGAAUCAAACACGAUGUCUCUGGAUAAAUGGUACAGAAGAACAAAUAAAUGAUGCUAGGCAGAGAAUUGAAAAGUUAAUAGCUCAAAGCACAGAAUCUGAAAUUCAGGAUCGAGUACAACAUGGACAUAGAUUGGAACAUGAAACACAAUCACGGAACAAGUAUGUAAAAGAACCUGUUGCAGAAAAAAAGAAAAACAUUUGUUUUGUAAAACCAAAACAAAUUCUAAGGAAAACCAAGAUGAAAGUUGAAACCACAAACGAUGGAGCUAAUGUCACGAAGAGUAAAAUUGUAGAUGACAGUCUGUUAAAACCAUUAGUGAUGUAUGCUUCGAGUGAUGAGGAAGAAGAUGUUACCAUAGAUACAAAAUAAAGAUAGCAUUAAUGUGAUGUUGGGAAAGAUUUAAUAAACACACUGAAAAAUUU